UCACCCUAGGAACUAAUGGGGGAAAGGAAUGCUUCCGCCCGGACAUAAUAGUGAACAGUACAAAUCCAUCGAGAAGAUUUCUACGUUGAUGGUGGAAACCACAUCGCCGUCAUCAUGCCGACGGUGGUCCUGAUGGAUGCGUCUCUGUCCAUGACGCGGCCGGUCUCUCUGGAGCCGUGUUCCGAGGAGUUGCAGAGGAAGAACCUAGCUGUGGCCGGACUCACCAUGCUGUUUGAGCACAUGGCUAACAACUACAGACUGGAAUUCACUUCUCUAGUGGCCUUCUCUUCCCUGUGGGAGCUACUGGUACCUUUCACCAGGGACUACAACACCCUACAGGAAGCCCUGAACAACCUGGAGGACUAUGACAAGACGUGUCUGGAGUCAGCUUUACACGGAGUCAGCAACGUGGUGCAGCAGGAGUGGGGCCACGCCUGUCCUACACAGGUGGUGUUGGUAACAGACGGCUCUUUGGGGAUCGGUAAAGGCUCUCUGAGACACUCCCUACAGACUAUUAGAUUGAUUAUUGAUCUGUUACAGAUGACAGACACGAUGCAUAACCUGGAGCAGCUGCUCCAGCUGAACGGAGGAGAUGGACAGAUCUUCACUAUGGAAGGCCAGCUCUGUCUGAAGAGUGUCCAGUCCAUGUUCGGACGUCUGAUAGAUGAGGUCUACUCCCCGUUCCCUGCUGUACUGCGUUGUGGGAACCUGGCAUCCGAUGUCCAGGUGUUCCCCAGACCUGAGCCUGUGUUCCUGGAUGAAGAAAUCGACCCUAUGCCCCGACACAUCCUCACAGAUCUGGAGAUAGUUGGUUUCAUAGAGAUAGGAGACAUCUCCAGUCCUCCUGUCAUGUCCAGACACCUGGUCCUGCCUAUCGCUGUCAAUAAAGAGGUGGAUGACGUGGGUCCAGGAACCACAGAGGAGCCAGAGGAGGAGACAUCAGCCAACCAGCAGGCAGGGAAGGUCCCCAACUUCUGUGUCCUACUCCAUGGCAGUCUGAAGGUAGAGGGCAUGGUGGCGCUGGUGCAGCUGGGCCCAGAGUGGUAUGGUAUGCUGUACUCCCAAGCAGACAGCAAGAAGAAGUCUAAUCUGAUGAUGUCUCUGUUGGAGCCUGGACCUGAGCCUUUACCCUGGCUGGGCAAGGUGUCUCAUCUAGGACCUAUAUCAGAUGCAGCUGAGAACCCGUACGGGGAGGAUGACAGUAAGAGUCCUUUCCCACUGCAGCCUAAGAUCAAACGCAGCUACGCUCAGAACGUCACUGUCUGGAUCAAAGCUAGCGGACUGCAGACUGAUGUGCAGAAGAUCCUGAGGAAUGCCAGGAAACUGCCAGAGAAGACUCAGACCUUCUACAAGGAGCUGAACCGUCUGCGGAAGGCAGCGCUGGCGUUUGGUUUCUGGGAGCUGCUGAAGGGCGUGGCAGAGCUGUUAGAGAGGGAGUGUACCCUGCUGCCAGACACGGCUCACCCCGACGCAGCCUUCCAGCUAUCACACGCUGCCAAGCAGCUUAAACUGGCCUCCACAGGAGACUCCCAGUACGCUGCCUUCGACCAGAACAUCAACCCCAUGCACACAGACUUCUCUGGGGGAGGAGCUGGCAUGUAGAGGAAGCAAGACUGCUUCUGAAAUGGCCCGUUGACCUGUGUCCUCUCUAAUGCCCCGGAAGCUCCGAUUCAAGUAGAGAUGUUGGCCUGUGGCCUCUCUAAACGCCCAGGAAGCUCCCAUUACAGCUUUGUAAGUGUUGUCAAAAUGUUAGUUGCUCAGUGAAACUCCAUAUUUGGUGAGUAACCAUCGUCAUUUACUCCCGGUAUGUAAUUUCAGAAAAUAUCGAGAAAAACCCCUUCGGCACCUCCAAAUCAGAAGUCUGCAACAGCUGGACUAAUGAGGCUUCCCCCCCUCGAUUCCUUGUGCAUUUGUAUUUAGACCUAAUAAUGAAAAACUUAAUUUGUUGAGUAACGGCUGUAUUUUGACAAUUUGAAUCUGAGCUUCCUGGGUUGUUAGAGAGGAGCCCUGUCGUGCACUAUAUAGGGAAUAGGGCUCUGGUCUAAAGUAGUGCACUAUAUAGGGAAUAGGGUUCCGGUCUAAAGUAGUGCACUAUAUAGGGAAUAGGGUGCUGUUUCGGACUAUUAGAAUGGCACACCAACUGUUAAAAGUUAAAGCUUCACAUGUGUUUUUGACCAUAUCGUUUUUAUAACUUUCCUAAUGAAUAAACUGAAAAAAAGGUUUCUUUUUUCCAA